AUGCCUGAGGAAAUGCGCUGUCAAUAUUCUAGUAAAAGAUGCGAGAGCGAACGUACGAACAAAAAGAGUGGAGGAUUGCACAAGUUCUGUGCCAUGCAUCGUGAAAAGGCCAAUCGCAACCAAAUGCGUUUGGAUCAACGACGUCGCGUCGUCAAACAGCAACAGAAGGAUCUUCAGCGACAGCAACAGGCACAGCGGAUGCAAACAUUUCAAGUUCAGCAGUUGCAACGACCACUUUGUUGUUCACCCGCUGCCAUGGCGGCAGGACAGAAUUAUAACUACAUGCAUCGGACACAGAGAAGUCCAAUGAACACACUGCGGAGCUCAAUGAAUGCCAAGUCCAUGUCCCCGCCUGAUAUGACGAUUAGCAUAAAGCGACAGGAAGCACCACAUUUGCCACUCUUUGACCAGCAUGACCUCGAGAUUCUCGAAGCAUUGCUUUUCAGUAGCGACGAUGAGCAAAGUGACGCUGCGCCAGUGACUCAUUGUAACGCAUCUCAUUUCUUACGCGCGCCGUCGUUUGUGAAUGUUUGA